UUGAUAUUGGGAAAAUACUCAUUUUUUUACCAGAUAGCUAGAAAGUACAACCAGCAGCUACACGUAGGGCAAACAGAUUAUCAAGUAGGGGAUUCCCCCUGAAAUGACCUCAUGUUUCUAUUUGCUAUUACCACAUCCCGACAAGCUGAAUUACUGAAGAUAUAAGAAAGCAAGCUUCAUUUUGAUGAUUUAUGUCGUAAAUCGACAGUGAUACGUAUGCAUAUGGCCACUGGAAUCGGAGACGAACCACAAAGUCCGCAAAGUCGUUCACUAGAAAUCCUUCAACAUGAACAAGAACGACUGAAGACACAAAAUAAGCAGUUACAGUUAAAGCUAAGAGAUGGCUCUAGGGUGAAGCAUGAACUACAGCAAUCGAAAGAGACAGGGAUGAAGCUUUUAAGCGAACGGAAUAAAUUACUCGAGCACUUUGUAGAGCGACAAAGUAAGCGCGUCAAUACGCAGCAUCAAGACGAUCAACAAGAGCAAACAAGUUAUCGGGAUAUAGGAAAAGCACUAGCUUCACAGAAGAAUGAAAGAGCAGCUGAGCAACAAGAAAAAAACUUGAUUCUGCUUAAAACACAACUUGGGGCGUUGAAAUUUGAGAACUUCACACUAAUUCAGGAGAAAAGAAAAUCUGAUGAACAGAGAGGCCACUUGGUACAGGAACUUGCUGCUCUCAAUGGAAAAUUUGAACAGUUAAGCAGCAAGUUUUCAAGGUUACAAGCUGAAAAUCAACGACUGAGUCAGAUUAUCAGUGAGCGUGGAAACAUCCAUACUAUUCAGUCUAAAGAAGAGGAUGAUAUUGAGGCAUUAAAAGCACAGGUACGGAUCAUCCAAGAGGAAUAUGAGACACAGAGAGCAAUUGCGAAUUCUGCUGAGAGAAUCAACCGGAGACUCAAGGAUGAGCUCAGUGAGGCCCAUUCCAUUAUUAGAGACAUGAGGACAAGGCCAAGUGAGAUGGUGGGCAUGUACUCUGAGCUUCAGCCUGUGUAUAAGCAAAUUGGUUAUGUGCCAAGAGAGAGGGCAUACCCUUGCAGACCUCUUGAUUAUUUUGGUAUCAACCGAUGGGAACUUGACGGUAUGAGGAGGACUUGCUCUAAUGAUGACAUCACAUCCCCACGAAAGGAAAAGUUGCCCCAUGGAAUAGCCCCUAGAAGGAGGCCCUUCUUGACGCCCGAUAUGACUGCAGUUGUUGAUAGUACGGAUUCACCGGCUACCCACAGCCUCUGAAACCAGCGUGAAAAAGUUUGCUAACCACUCUGAAUGCAAACAAAAUCCUUUUUGUCUAGUUUAGUUACAGAAGCUUCCACUCUUUUAAUUUUUGUUCAUGAUUGCCCUCGCCAAGUUUUUUUUUUUUUUUUUUUUUGCAAAGAAAAAAAAGGAUUUGAGUAUGACUGUUCCUAAGUUGUUUUAAACAAGUUGGUGAUUAGAGUACACAUGAACGGUUGACAUCAUUACUCGCAUUGUUUAGUAAAAUCCAUUUUUAUGAACACAUUUAUUUGUAAUUCUUAACAAUAAGAAUAUGAAAAUAAAAAAGAAUUUCCAUUAAA